AUGGAUUCGCAUCCAAAUCUCGGAAAAGGGCCUGCCGACGGGAUCCGUACGUCGGUGGAUGCCUCGAUCGCCGACGGCGGCGGCAGCAGCGGUGGUGGCGGUGUCCCUCCCUCCGCCACUGUGGCGGGCGCGGCUGCCGCAAUGGCAUUGGCAGCCCAGCAGGACCAGCAGAACCCGCCGCCGCAGCAACAGCAGCCGCCGCAGCAGCAGCCGCAACAGCAGCGGCAGCAGCAGCAGCAGACGAAGCAACUUCAACGUCAGCAGCAAGAAGCGGCAGCUGGGGCCGCAGCCGCGGCGGGGUCGGCGGUCGGCGGGGAUGAGGCACGGCUGGCCGACGGCAUGGCUGGUUUAUCCGUGGAGGGCCUCGGUGGGUCGUCUGCGGUGGCCGGGGGGAACAACCUGGGUGCCGGUGCGGCGUCGGGGGCGCCGGGUGCGUUGCAGCUUGUGAUGUUGCAGCAAGAUAACGAGAAUCUCGUUGCGAAAGUAUCGGCUUUGGAGCAAUCCCUGCAGCAGUUGCUGAACAACCAAGGUGGGGGCGCGGGUUCGCACGUGGUCGGCCCGCAUGCUGCUGAUGGCGCGGGAGCCGAGGUGGCGGUCGGUGCGGGUCUUGUUGCAGCUGCUGCUCCGGGGUCGGACGCUGAUCGCCAGCGUCGCUUCGCAAAAGCGGAAUUCGAGAGUACUGCUUCCGCUUGGCGUGCGGGACGUUUGAUGUGGGCGCUGCGUGGUAAGCGGGGAAUUGACGUUCCCAACAAAGAGACCCUGCAAUCGAUGAUGGGGGGGACCGUUACCGGCACCGACAGGACCUUGCAGCAGCUUCGGACCAUGUCCGGACUGAUCGUCCUCGACUUCUUUCCCGUUGGCAAUUCUGGUGAGCUGUCAGUCCCGGACCACUUCGAUUUGACCUGUGCUGCGAUCGUUAACGUGUUGAAAUUUGGUCUCUCUGCCACCUCCGCGGACAACGCUGCAGCUCUGGCGCGUUUGCUGCCCAUAGAGCAGGCCAUGCUUUCGGCGCGGGGUACGCUGCGCAUGCAAGCCCUCCGUCAUAUGGGCGACUUUCAGGGGAGGGGGUCGCGGGGGACCUUCGCCGACCUCCCCAACGAUGACUUUCGUGAAUGGGCAAGUGCGGUAAUGUUGUGGAUGUUACCGAUGCAGAAUUUGCCGGUGCCGCCGGAGUCUUUCGAGCGCUUUGGCUUUGGUGGUUCCUCGGUUCGAUGGCAUCAACGGCUUCUCCAUGUCCGGGAGCAUUGCGCUACGGAUGUUCGGGACUGUGGGUGGUGGAGGUUCUUCUGGAUCGAGUGGGGGUAAGCAAAGGCGGGGGGACUCCCGCUCCGCGGGUGGGGACUCCAAACGCCGGUCGAAAGUGUGUUUCGAAUAUCGCGACUCCCAAACAUGCGGGUGGGGCGACUCCUGCGCGUUCCGCCAUGCGACUGGGGGCGGCAAGGGUGGCGGCUGUGGGGGCCGCGCU